CUUCUCACCAUCAUCAAUCUUCAUCCUUUCUACUCGCCAGUGCGUCAAGCAAUAUCGCCCUUAUCCAUCUGUGUAUUACUCCAACCUUUUCCCGGGUUUUCCUUCAGCCUUAACGCGCAAACGAUUUCCCAAUUCAAGAUGCCUGCUCAACUCGAGGACCCUACGGAGUACCAAAAAAUCUUCCAUUGGGCGGAGACUCAAAAGGAUGGCACCAUUCCCUCUUUCGCUACCAGAAAGAAUGAUCCGUAUGAAUACCAACCGGGCUUCAAUAACUUCUUUGAAUCAGAGGCAGUUCCAGGAACUAUCCCGAGAGGACAGAAUAGCCCUCGAUGCGUGAGAUUCGGACUUUACGCGGAGCAGAUGACCGCAUCCGCGUUUGUCGCUCCGAGGCAUCUCAAUAAGAAAGCCUGGCUUUACAGGGCGCGACCUGCUGUUGCUCAUCAGGGAUUUACCGAGCUCCCAGACAACACUGACACCGAAUCCAAUUUCCUCCCCAUCAACCCACGUGUCCAUCUCUCACCUACCCAACUCGCUUGGCUCCCCUUUGACAUCCCAACCGAUGGCGAAAUUGACUUUGUUUCAGGACUCAAGACAAUUGCUGGGUCUGGUGACCCUACGCUCCGAGAGGGCCUAGCUGUGCACACUUUCUUGGCGAACGCGAGUAUGAAAAGAAGGGCAACGGUUAACUCGGAUGGAGACUAUCUAAUUGUUCCGCAGCAGGGUGCGUUGGACAUUCAAACUGAGUUUGGCAUGUUGUAUGUCCAGCCUGGGGAGAUUUGUGUGGUGCAGAGGGGACAGAGAUUUAAGGUGGAUUUGCCGGAUGGCCCUACCAGGGGGUAUAUUUUGGAAAUCUGGGGUUCAAAUUUCGAACUCCCUGAACUCGGCCCACUCGGAGCCAACGGUCUCGCUAACGCCCGAGACUUCCUCCACCCAGUCGCCAAAUACGAAAUUGAAGUUGCGCCAUGGGAGAUCGUCUAUAAACUCGGUGGCAAAUUCUUUAAGAGCACCCAGAACCACUCCCCCUUUGACGUCGUAGCGUGGCACGGUAACUAUGUGCCUUACAAAUAUGAUCUUACCAAAUUCGUCAACGUCGGUUCCAUUUCCGUAGACCACAUCGACCCCUCCAUCUUCUGCGUUCUGACUGCGCGUUCCCGCGACCCGGCCUCUCCACUUGCUGAUUUCCUCAUUUUCUCCCCUCGAUGGGAUGUCGCUUCACACACGUACCGCCCACCGUACUACCACCGCAACGUCGCCUCAGAACUCAUGGGUCUCAUCUACGGUGAAUACGCAGGUCGCUCAGACGAGUUCCAGCCCGGCGGCGUCAGUUUCGAAUGCGGGAUGGUGCCACACGGGGUCGCGUAUGAAGAGUUCAAGGCGGCAAGCGCGCAGCCGCCGCCAGAGAUGCAGAUUUCAAAGGGAGCGAUUGCGUUCAUGAUGGAGAGCUCCAGACCGUUUACCAUCACCGAGUGGGCUUGGACGAGCAGCAAGAAACAUGAACAUGAACCGAAGAUGUGGGAUAAUCUUGUGGAUAACUUUAGUAAACAUAAAGAGGAAGUAGAUAGGAUUCUGGCUGAGGGUGUGAAGGAGAUUGGUAUCUCGAACGGACACUAGGUAGCUAGUGAAAGUUUGACAACCAUUCGCUGUCCUGCUGGAGCUGAAGUGGUGUUGUCUGUGCUAAAAUUCUGGAUGGUCCGAUUGAAUCUGGACCAAGUUGUUGGAGAUCGCCAAGUAAAU